UAAGCUGCCACCAUGAGAUGGCCUAUUAUGGCAAGGCUGCAAUUUACCUCCGUAAGCCAGAAAAGGAGAGGCUUGAGUCCCAGAGCGCGCCCUUUGAUGCCAAGAGUGCUGCAUAUGUGGCUGAUGCUAAGGAGCUGUACGUCAAGUGUACCAUCCUUAAGAAGGAUGGUGGCAAAGUCACUGUUAAAGUCUUGGCUACAGAGGAGGAGAGGACCGUAAAAGAGGAUGAUGUCACACCCAUGAAUCCUCCCAAGUACGACAAAAUUGAGGACAUGGCCAUGAUGACCCAUCUCAAUGAAGCCUCUUUGUUGUAUAACCUCAAAGAGCAUUAUGCAGCAUGGAUGAUCUACACCUACUCCGGGCUGUUCUGUGCCACUGUAAACCCCUACAAGUGGCUCCCAGUGUACGAUCAGGAGGUUGUCAAUGCCUACAGAGGCAAGAAGAGUAUGGAGGCACCACCCCACAUCUUCUCUGUCUCUGACAAUGCCAUCCAGAACAUGCUUACUGAUCGACAGAAUCAGUCUGUCUUGAUCACUGGAGAAUCCGGUGCUGGAAAGACUGUGAACACCAAGCGUGUCAUCCAGUACUUUGCUACCAUCGCAGUGAGUAGUGACAAGAAGAAGGACCAAGCCCCUGGAAAAAACAUAAAAUCAGGGUCACUGGAGGACCAGAUUAUUGCUGCCAAUCCCCUGCUGGAGGCCUACGGUAAUGCCAAAACUGUGAGAAAUGACAAUUCAUCUCGUUUCGGUAAAUUCAUCAGAAUCCAUUUCGGUGCAACUGGUAAACUGGCCAGUGCUGACAUUGAGACGUAUCUGCUCGAGAAGUCCCGAGUGACAUUCCAGCUUCCCGAUGAGAGAGGCUAUCACAUCUUCUACCAGAUGAUGACCAACCACAAACCUGAGAUUGUUGAAAUGGCCCUAAUCACCACCAACCCCUACGACUUCCCCAUGUGCAGUCAGGGUCAUAUCACUGUGGCCAGCAUUGAUGACAAAGAGGAGCUGGAUGCUACUGAUGAUGCUAUUGAUAUUUUGGGUUUCAAUGGUGAGGAGAAGAAUGCCAUCUACAAGUUCACUGGUGCUGUGCUUCACCACGGUAACAUGAAGUUCAAGCAGAAGCAGCGUGAGGAGCAGGCUGAGCCUGACGGCAAUGAGGAGGCCGACAAAAUCUCCUACCUGCUUGGUCUCAACUCUGCUGACAUGCUCAAGGGUUUGUGCUACCCCAGAGUGAAGGUCGGAAAUGAGUUUGUCACUAAGGGACAGACAGUACCUCAGGUAUACAACUCAGUGAGUGCCCUGGGCAAGUCUAUCUAUGAGAGGAUGUUCUUGUGGAUGGUCAUCCGUAUCAACCAGAUGCUGGACACCAAGCAAGCAAGAUCAUCCUAUAUUGGUGUGCUGGAUAUUGCUGGUUUUGAGAUCUUUGAUUACAACAGUAUGGAGCAGCUGUGCAUCAACUUCACCAAUGAGAAACUGCAACAGAUCUUCAACCACCACAUGUUCAUUUUAGGAUGCCCAACUGCAUCUUGAUGAUGCUGUCAGAGGAGGUGAAGACCUGAAGGAGCAGGCUGCCAUGGUGGACCAUAGGAACGGUCUCAUGGUGGCUGAAAUUGAGGAGCUAAGGGCAGCUCUGGAGCAGACAGAGAGAGGCCGCAAAGUGGCUGAGCAAGAGCUCAUUGAUGCCAGUGAGCGCGUUGGACUUCUGCACUCUCAGAACACAAGUCUUCUGAACACAAAGAAGAAGCUUGAAACUGACCUGGUCCAAGUCCAGGGUGAGGUGGACGACACCGUCCAGGAAGCCAGGAAUGCUGAAG